GUUCAGUUUACUCAGCUGGUCCGUGAAAUGGAGAGUGUUGACAGCGAGGUGGCCCGCCUCCACAACCAGAUCCGAAACCACUACCUUCCGCCUGUGUCCAUCAGCUCUACUGUUGACAAUUCCUUGUAGAUUUAAUGUCAAAACUCAACAUUCGUUGCUCGGAAUUGAAUCUCAGAAGAAGCAAUAAUGAGGAGCCGAAAAUGCUUACAAUAUUUAGUGUGUGCGUGUUUGUUAGUAUACAUAUACUAUUUUCUUGGUGUGAGUGACUAUAUGAACACAAAAAGCUUCGAAGCUGAGUUUGAUUAUCCUCUAAAUAUAGACAUUAAACCGAUAGUCAAAGAAGUUUUGAUAGGUAAAAAACCUAGUGUACUUCCUGUUAAUUACUAUCCGUACAGAUAUCUAACGAACUCAGGAAAAUGUUCCACUUUAGAAAAGCUGGACCUAUUCAUUGUUGUGAAGUCGGCCAUGGACCACUUCGAUCAGCGAGAUGCUAUAAGAAAGACUUACGGUCAAGAGCAUUUUAUGCCAGGGAGAAUAAUAAAAACUUUGUUCUUUCUGGGUACGGAAGGUCACAGAACACAGACACAACAAAAGAUCGAUGAGGAAAUGGCCCAGUAUAAGGACAUCAUACAGAUGGAUUUCCACGACGCCUAUUUCAAUAAUACAAUAAAGACUAUGAUGUCCUUCCGCUGGUUGUACGAACACUGUUCAAUAGCAGACCACUACUUGUUUACAGAUGAUGAUAUGUAUAUAUCUGUGAAGAAUCUCUUGGAGUAUGUCGAGGAAACUCAAUCUGCAACUAAUGAGCAUGAUGAAGCUAGUUUCUGGUAUGGUGAUAAGGAGAAAAUAUUGUACGCAGGUUACAUGUUUAAGUCUACACCACAAAGGUUCCGCUCGAGCAAAUGGAGGGUCUCAUUAGAUGAGUAUCGAUGGAGCAAGUGGCCAGCUUAUGUCACCGCUGGUGCUUAUGUGGUCUCCAACCGCUGCAUGAAGAUUAUGUAUGUUGCUAGCUUGUUUGUUAAACAUUUUCGCUUUGAUGAUAUCUAUUUAGGUAUUGUAGCUAAGAAAGCCGGCGUAACACCAGUUCAUUCAAAUAGAUUUUAUUUUUACAAGAAGAAAUAUGAUAAGGAAGGUUUUAAGGAUGUAAUAGCUUCUCAUGGCUACGAAUCUGAAGAACUGGUUAAGGUUUGGCUGGAACAACAUUUAAUAUGAAGCAAAUUAAAAAAAAAAUUACAUAAUAAUUUAGUCCUUUUUAUGACUUGUAUUUUUGUGAAUUUGGUUGAAGUCAAAAAAUGUAUUAUCUGGUCAAAUUUAAAAAUAAAGUUAGUACUUACUAGGAUAUUCGA